GAAACUAACUUCAAAGUUUUGCAUGUGCUUUCAAGUGAGAGCGAAAACAGGGGGAGAGAAGUACAUCCUUUCAAAUUUCAGAUCUACAUGACUAAAAGGGAACAGAACUGAAUCUGAGUUUGGGAUGAGUCUGAGUACCUGAAAUGGUAAAGAUGCUUGCGGGAGGAAGUGGACUUUUUGACUUGCUGAACUAUUUGUGCGUCACAUCUGCUGCUCCCUGAUGAAGCUCUGGUAUGAGAAGAGCUCAAGUGCAUGGAAACUUCCUACUAUGUGAAUGAACGGACGGCAGCUGGCCAGGCUCAAGGUGGAGUCAGCAAAGUGACCUGAGAUAUUGGAAGCUCUUAACCAAGACAGGUCCAGCAGCAUUAGAGCGAGCAGCAGGCACAUCUCAAGACCACCUCCUAGACAGUUCCCAGAGAUGGAUUAUCCUGCUUUCCUUUGGGCUAUUCUUGUAUACAAAGCUCUAUGUGAAGAGCAAUCUUGGGAAACAACUGUUAAAUUUGCCAAGAAUAUGACUCUAGAAUGUGUGUAUCCAUCAACAGACAAUGUGACCCAGAUUGAGUGGUUCAAGAUCAAUGGGCAGGAGAAGUCCAUUGCUGUUUUCAACCCUACGUAUGGUGUGAGCAUAAAAGAGCCCUACAAUGAUAGGGUUUCUAUUUUAAAUUCAACAAUGGCAACCAGUGAUAUGACCCUUUUCUUUCAUAAUGCCUCUGAAGCUGAUGUGGGUUUUUAUUCCUGCUUGUUUCACCUUUUUCCACUUGGAUCUUGGAAAAAGAAAUUGCUGGUGGUUCAGUCAGAUGGUUUUGAGAUGACUGUGCCACCGAACAGCCACAUCAUCUCAGAAUCUGGAAAAAAUAUCACACUCACCCAUCAGCUCCAGAGCACGUGGAAGGUGCAAAAAGUCCUAUGGGAGAAGAUCCAGCCCCACCAGAUAGACCUGCUGGCUUCCUGCAACAUGCUGCAAGGGAGAAGCUACAGCUCGAAGUACAGACGGCGAGUAGUGAGCACCUGCAGUGAAGGCCGCAGGAGCACCAGCACCAUCACCAUUCCGCGCGCUGCCGCUGCCGACGCGGGGCUGUACCGCUGCCGCUUCCAUGGGAAAGCAGGAGAGAACGAAACCUUUGUCACACAGCUGACCAUAACUGAUGGUAAAAUUGAUGACCGAUAUAUCCUCUUUGUGGCUGGAGGGACAGUUUUAUUGUUAUUUGUUUUUCUAAUUACCACCAUCAUUGUCAUUUCUCAUUACAGAAGGAGAAAGAGACAGAAAAGAAUCCUUUUUGAAAAAUCCAGGGAUACACAGAAUAAGGUAGCCAACAACUAUAGACCCCCUGUCUCUACCCCUCAGUCCGUGGACAGUGAAGAUAUCUAUGUCAACUACCCCACCUUCUCUCGCAGACCAAAGGCGAGGGUCUAGUUUUCCCCUUUGAGCAAAUUCAAGACUACUAUUAUAAAUAUGAAUCUUCAUACCCAGCAUCUACCUUGGAAACCAGUUCAUCACACUUGUUUCAUUUGAUAGGAAAAUUGUUGCAGUAUCUAGAAAACAUUCUAAAUGGAAAUGCUUCAGAAAAUUUGACUGUAAUAAUUUACUCGUAUGUGUAAGAAAAUGUACUGAAUCUUGUAUCAGAACAAUGCAGGGUAGUUCCAACCUCAACAAAGGAUGUCGCUGAAGAUUUCCUGUUUCUAGAAUUAAGCAUGGGCAUGGACUGGUCUCUGGAUCCGCUCCUCAGUGCUGGGCUGGUGUCCUCGAUGUGGGCGUAACUCGCACAGGCUUUGCUCUUGGGCUUCCAAGUGGCUGCCAGUACCUCACGAUAACUCAGACACUCUUCUUUUGGUGUGAUAGUGAGCUUGCCUCUCCAAGAUAGCAACCAGAUUUGGUUAUUUUCCUGUCGUUAAAAAGGUGUAACGACCAAAAAGGAUGAAAUGGCUUUAGUCAAGGCACCUUGCUGGCCAUUCAGUGAGAAAGGACACCUCAAGGAUGAAGAAGUUACUAAUAAAUGUAGAGUGU